AUGAAUUCAGUGGGCGUCGUCCCACCCGUCAACGGCGCUACAAUCCCGGAGCCGCCGCGCCUAUCCGCGGCUACGGCCGACUACGGGUGUCCGUACGUCACAGACGGUUGUCCGCCCGGCUUCACGUUCCUGGCGCUGGUCACGGCGUCGGACGACGUAACCGUCCGGCUCACCCUUCGCGGCGAAAAGUCCUGGCCCAGGGACGCGGCCCCGCUCCUGUCGCUGCCCACCGCCAAAGGCCUGCGGGGGCUGCUCUUCGAUCCCGGAGUGGUGUCCUCUCGGUAUCGGCGUCAGGUCAGAUCAGGCCCGCAGGACGCGGUCAUGGUGCUGCGGGCGGCGGCCCGGCCGCCCGGCUAUCAAGACAUGUCGGUGCUGGAGCAUAACGAGGCUGAAACCAGCCCGCCCAUCGGCGCCAGUUACGAACGUGACCGCGCAGAAAAGUUCACCGUGGACGAGGCAGUGAGCAGCAUCGGCUUCGGCUGGUUCCAGGUUCGCCUGUCACUUAUGAUGGGCUUCAGCUGGGUGGGCGAGAGUAUGGAGGUGAUGCUCCUUUCGGUCCUCUCGCCGGCCCUCCAUUGCGCAUGGCAGCUCUCCAGCUGGAAGCAGGCCUUCCUCACGACCGGCGUCUUCCUCGGCAUGAUGUUCGGAGCCAUGUUCUGGGGCUGGUUCAGCGAUAAGUACGGCCGGAAAAAGGCCCUGGUGACGUCUGGAUGGUUUCUAUUCUACUUCGGCCUGCUGUCUGCGUUUUCGCCGACGUACACCUGGCUGCUGCUUCUCAGAAGUACUAUGGGCUUCUUUAUUGGAGCCCUGGCGCAAGCCGUAACGCUCUACUCUGAAUUUCUUCCAACAAAGCAAAGAGGAAGCUGCAUCUUAUUUCUUAAUAUGUUCUGGGCGCUGGGCAGCGCGCUGGAGGUGGUCCUGGCGCUGCUUCUGAUGCCGGAGCUCGGCUGGCGUUGGCUGUUGGCCCUCUCCAGCGUCCCGCUUCUGAUGUUCGUCCUCUUCUCCCCGCUGAUCCCGGAAAGCGUCCGAUUCCACGGGGCCUGCGGGCGCCCUGACCUAGCGCGAGCCGCCAUUGACAAGAUGGCCGCCGCCAACGGACGGCCCGCGCCGCGCGGUCAGCUGACUAUUGACGACACGUCAUCAGAGCGGCGCGGCCAUGUGUGGGAGCUGCUGUCGCCGAAACUUUGGUGGACCACGCUGCUGCUCUGGUGCAUCUGGGAAGCGUGA